AUGGUGGGCAAAUUCAAGAACGUCUAUCAACAUCUGGACUUCUUCGAGAAAGAUAUACAAACAAGGCUGUUAGCGGAUGUAAAGUACUUUACGGAUCAACUGAGCCAAUUGGAUAGAGUGAAAGGGCCGAGUCACGAGCUGGAGAAGUAUGUGGAGAGCAGAGUGUACGAUGCCAAUCGGGUCGCUUCGUAGCAAGGAUAUGGGUAUCAUAAUAAAACAAUGAAGG